AUAUCAGCUGUUGGUUAAUAGUUGUUUUGGAACGGUGGUUAAUAUUCUACAACAAAGUAUAGUAGAGUGGUUGCAUGAAGAUUUUCAAGCAGCUUAAAAUGGCAAAGAAGUACAUAGACAUUGGCGCUAACCUUACCGACCCGAUGUUUCGUGGUGUAUACGGUGGUAAACAGAAGCACACCGAUGAUUUACAUUUGGUGCUAGAGCGUGCGUGGAAGCAAGGCGUCGAGAAGAUGAUCAUCACCGUCGGCAGUCUUAAUGAGACAGAUGAGGCGCUGAAGUUGGCCCAACAAGAUGAUCGCCUAACUGUUACAAUGGGUUGCCAUCCCACGCGUUGUAAUGAGUUCCUACAAGACCCAGAGCAAUAUUACCAAAGCUUACGAAACAAAAUACGUGAAAACCCAGAAAAAGUAAUUGCUGUGGGUGAGUGUGGACUCGACUAUGAUCGACUGCAUUUCUGUGAGAAAGAUACACAGAAAAAAUAUUUCGAGAAGCAACUCAGCCUGGCUGCCGAAUUCCGUUUACCACUCUUCCUGCAUUGCCGGAAUGCGCAUUCUGACUUCAUGGAAAUACUCGAACGUAAUCGAGACAAGUUGUUGGACGCUGGUGGUGGUGUGGUUCACAGUUUUGAUGGAACGCUAGAGCAAGCUGAAAAAGUGAUCGCGUACGGAGGACUUUACAUCGGUUUGAAUGGAUGUUCGCUAAAAACUGUGGAAAAUUUGGAAGUUAUUAGAAGAAUACCUAGCGACCGAAUUAUGCUGGAGACUGAUUGUCCUUGGUGCGGAAUACGUCCAUCACAUGCAGGAUCGAAAUACGUACAAACGAAAUUUACGGCGGUAAAGAAAAAGGAGAAAUGGACCGCAGAAACCUUGAUGGACGGACGUUGUGAGCCAUGCCAAAUUAGCCAAGUCCUUGAAGUUAUCGCAGGUGUGAAGGAUGAAGAUGCCUCCCUACUGGCAGAAAAGUACUAUAAUAACACAUUGGACCUUUUUUAUUAAAAAAUUAAAUAUGAGCAUUUACAAAAACUAA